GCGUGCGGUCUCGGCAGCGAUCCUCGGGCGCGAGCGGCUGCUUGGCCGCGGAGGCAUGACGCGUCACAGCGCUGACUCGACAUAGGUGGGCCGGCAAGGUAGCGGAGUUCGCGCCGCGUGCGCACGACGCCAGCAGCUAUAGGUCGUCCGCGACGCGGCAGAGCGAAAGCGCCGGCGUGCGCUAGCGUCGAAGCUGUUGGCUGGAUGACAGAGGAAGCGGCCGUAUCUCAAGAACACCCACCCCAUUGCGCAGCAGCGCUGUCCUUUCUUUUUUUUUUUUCUCCGACUCAGCAUCCUGUACACGCGUCCGUUUUCCGCCGUCUAUACGAAGAGGAACAACGCCGCGGGUCCGCGCUCAGCCUGCUGUUCACUUCCCCCUGCAAUACGUCCGAGAGGUGGGGAGGCGACGCGCGCCGUUUUUCGCCGCCCGAGCUUUUGGACUGCUGAGCCUGCCAGCCGAUAAAAUUCGCGAACCGACAUGGGAAAGCCAUCCGAAGAGGACGGCGCAACAAAAAUUCAAGCUAACGUCGGCUACGCAAAGUCCAGAAAUGGCGUCUUCCAGAUCAUCGAAAUGGUGGUGGGCCUGGUGGCCUUCAUCUGCGUCGAGUCCGUGGCCGAGUGCCGAGGCGCGUUCAACUGCGCGCCGCCUGGCUGCGUGCACUCGUACCGCUUCUUCGCCUUCGUCAGCUUCACCAGCGUGCUCGUAACGGCCGCCAUCUUCUCGGCGCGCAUGCUGGGCGUGGCGCACCGAGUGCCAGUGCCGGUCAGAUAUCGGCCGUUCGCGGAAUGCCUGUACCUGAUUGUAACAAUAGCUUUGUACUUCUUUGCGGAUGCCUUCAUGAUUGCUUACCAUGGGAAUCGUCUCGGAUACCAAUGUGCUGCUGUGCUGGGCGUAGCCACGCUGGCCGCCUACUGCGUCCAGCUGGCGCUCUUGAUGGCCGAGGCGCCGCUCGGCCGGCUCCUUCCCAAGCUGAGCGCGAAGGCCAAGGCGGACAGUGGGGCCAAGGAGGACAACGGGUCGCGGCUCUCGUGGGAGCCGCCCGCCGGAGUGGACGAAGCCGACGGCACGGCGCCUCAGCUGGGGCCCGUGGUGCUGCGACCGCGCCGCUCGUCCGUCGACUCCGGAGCGGGAGGCGGCCGCCGGCCGGAACCGCCACACUCCAAGUCAUCGUCCCCCUCGUCGUUCGCUUCAUCCCUCAGCUCUUCGGACUGCGCCGAGACGGCUAGCGUGCACAGCGCAAACUUCGUCACCGUCAACCUGGACGAUGUGACACAGCCGCCCGGCAGCAGCGAAGUGCCGUCGUGAAUGCCAUGCAUGUAUGGGCCACGCUUCGGCCGCCUCCGACAGGGUGUCCCGUAUUGGAAAAAUAAGCUGUGAUAUACCUCGCCCGAGCCGCAGGGACGGCGCGCACGCUAUAUCCUCACUGCAUGCGACCCAUUCCGCGCGCGUUUCGUUCCAUAUGGCCUGCGCAGCAUUUUCGUAAGUGGUCGGAGGUUUCAGGAGACGACCUGUUGAACGACUCUUACACCGAGGCGAACGAGAACACACAGUGGGUACAGAAACGCGCUGCAAACGCGCGCUGCGCCAAAGAAUCGACGCCAACCAUGUUACUAUGUACGCUUUUUAAAAUUGUUGCAGAGGGUGUGACUCCUUCCAGUACUCGUGAGUGCCUCGUAUAAAUGCAUAUCGUACAACAACAGGAGCUUCUUUUAUGUGAUCCGUUCACAUGGUGUGUAGAACGGACUGGACGAUAUACAUUCCAAAGUACCGCUGUAUACUCGGCGCAUCUUGACCAGCGGUGAUGAUGUGCAGCGAUGAUGGACACAGUAACAGACCAUCGAAACAAUAUACAAAUCCUGCAUGCUUCAAUUAUUGACGAUGAUAUUUUUAUAACUGGCUGAAUGUACUUGAUUUUCGUCUCUGUACAAAGCGCAGAUGCAGCGAACUUGAAGCCAUGAAACAAUAAAAAAAAUGUUUGCAGCAGCGCGCACUUACAGUUCAUGUUCUUUGAUGACGUACAUACUUAAAUUAGCGGCAAUGUGCAAUUCUUAUGGUACAUACAAGAAAAUAAUUCUUUAUAUAAUUUGAGCGCGAAUACGCAUCAACAGUAAGAGCAUACCGGAAGUGCCUUUGCAGCAGAUUAGGUUUUUUGAGCACAGGCUUAAACGGGACAUUAACGAUACAUCAUCUUAUGUGUGCUGUCUGAAGUGUUAUGCCCAGCACUUUC